CUGCCCCGGUCCCUCCCCUCCCUGGGCACUGUGAUGCUGCAGGGCAGCUGCUGGCCCAGCAUGUCUGUCCCCGGCCCCCUCCCGCCCGGUGUGUCACAACAGCGGAGGCGGCUGUAUCUAGAGCAGUUGGGGUGGGCAGGCCCAGCUGGGAGGCAAGCCGGCGAGGAGAGCAGCCGCGAUGCGGGAGUGCAUAUCAGUCCACGUGGGUCAAGCAGGAGUUCAGAUUGGCAAUGCCUGCUGGGAGCUCUUCUGUCUGGAGCACGGCAUCCAGGCGGAUGGCACCUUUAGUGUCCAGGCCAGCAAGGUCAACGACGAUGACUCAUUCACCACCUUUUUCAGUGAGACUGGCAAUGGGAAACAUGUGCCUCGGGCUGUCAUGGUAGAUCUGGAGCCUACUGUAGUAGAUGAAGUUCGGGCAGGAACCUACCGUCAGCUCUUCCAUCCAGAGCAGUUGAUCACAGGGAAGGAGGAUGCAGCUAACAACUAUGCCCGGGGCCACUACACAGUGGGCAAGGAGAGCAUCGACCUGGUGCUGGACCGCAUACGGAAGCUGACAGAUGCCUGCUCUGGCUUGCAGGGCUUUCUGAUCUUCCACAGUUUUGGUGGGGGCACUGGCUCUGGCUUCACUUCUCUGCUGAUGGAACGGCUCUCCCUGGAUUAUGGCAAGAAGUCCAAGCUAGAGUUUGCUAUCUACCCAGCCCCUCAGGUCUCCACUGCAGUGGUGGAGCCCUACAACUCCAUUCUGACCACUCACACCACACUGGAACAUUCAGAUUGUGCUUUUAUGGUGGAUAAUGAAGCCAUCUAUGACAUCUGCCGCAGGAACCUAGACAUCGAGCGCCCCACCUAUACCAAUCUCAACCGCCUCAUCAGCCAGAUUGUGUCUUCCAUCACUGCCUCUCUCCGCUUUGAUGGGGCCCUUAAUGUGGACCUCACUGAGUUCCAGACCAAUCUGGUGCCCUACCCCCGCAUCCACUUCCCACUCGUCACUUAUGCACCCAUUAUAUCUGCUGAGAAAGCCUAUCAUGAACAACUCUCCGUGGCUGAGAUAACCAGCUCCUGCUUUGAGCCCAACAGUCAGAUGGUGAAGUGUGACCCAAGACAUGGGAAGUACAUGGCCUGCUGCAUGCUCUACCGGGGGGACGUGGUGCCUAAGGAUGUGAAUGUCGCUAUUGCUGCCAUCAAAACCAAGAGGACUAUUCAGUUUGUAGAUUGGUGUCCCACAGGCUUUAAGGUGGGCAUCAACUAUCAGCCACCCACCGUGGUGCCAGGAGGGGACCUGGCCAAAGUCCAGCGGGCUGUUUGCAUGCUGAGCAACACUACUGCAAUUGCGGAGGCCUGGGCCCGCCUAGACCACAAGUUUGACCUCAUGUAUGCCAAGCGGGCCUUUGUGCAUUGGUAUGUUGGAGAGGGAAUGGAAGAAGGAGAAUUUUCUGAGGCCAGGGAGGACCUGGCUGCUCUGGAGAAGGAUUAUGAAGAAGUGGGGACUGAUUCAUUUGAAGAAGAAAAUGAAGGGGAGGAGUUUUAAAUAUAACACUUUCCCCUUGGCUGUGUCUCUUUAUUUAUGCUUCUCCACUCAAAGCACGUUUAACUAUUCCAAGAGUAACAGACUAUACUCCUAAGCCCAGACUAAUUUCUGUUUUCCAUUAGAAGAGGUAUCUAACACCAGUGCCUGUGGGUGAUUGGGCCAAAAAUGAAUGCUGAGCUGUUCAGACCCUCCCUUGGGUAAAAGCAGCUUUGUGUCACACACACACACAAAAAAUGAGUCACUGUCUCUAGUUAGGGUGAAGCCAGGUUACAUGUUGUGAAGAGACCUAAUCAGGAUUUUAAAUUCUGGAUUAGUCUGGGCCCACCUAAAAUGUAGCCUGUUGGCUAUGGAAAGAUCUGGGCAUUGGGAAGAUUGAAGGAAGGAAGGGAGUGACACUGUUAGAGAGUGAGAAACAAGACAGACACAUUUCCUGCCCUUGUAAAAACACAAAUAAAUGAACGAGAUAAUUCAGGUAGUGUUAACUGAUAUGAAGUAAAAAAAAAAAAACCAUGAUGAGGGAAAGUGUCUGGGUAAAUGCUCCUUUAGACUGGGUAGUCAGAAAAAGCCUCAUGGAGACCUGAGUGACAGGAGAGAGCCAUCAUGUGAAGUUCUGGAGUUAGAGAAUGCUGGACAUAGAACAAAACACAGAUGUGGGAACAAGCUUAUGUCCGAAGAACAUAAAGGAGGUCAAUGUGCCUAGAGGAUGGUGUGAGAUGGAGAUGAGAUCCCAGAGCCAAGCUGGGGCCAGAGCAUACAGACCAUGGUAAGGAGUUUAGAUUUUUCUCUAAGUGAAACAAACUAUUUGGAAGGUUUUAAGCAGGAUAUACCAUACUUUAUAUAUGUACAUACCUUAUCUCUAAUCCUCCCAAAAAUCUCAAAUGGAUAUUCUGCUCAUUUUAUAGAUGAAGAAACUGGGGUUUACAGAGUUGAUAUGUUGCAUAUAGUAAGAAAGCUCAGAUAACAGGGACUGCCAAUUCUAUUCUUUUGUCUACCUGCACUGUUUCUAUGCCUUGGUAUCUGUGCCCAGGUUUCAACUGCUGCUUCAUAGAAUGAUGGAUGGAGGAGAAACAAAAGUAUAUAACAUUUACAAAAGAGAGGAUGAGUUAAUGCAUCUCUUCUCUGAAGUUGACAGCUCUGGUAGGAUUUUAGGAAAAUCAAAAAGCUGUUCUUAUGCAACUACUAUUGGUAAGAUACCCAGGGUUGGGACCACAGUAGGUCCCUGUGUAUUAAAUGUACAUCUUGUUAAUUGUUGAUUUUCCCUAAUUUUUAUUGUAUAUUCCUUGGUAGCCCUGAGAAAAAUAGAAUAAAAUGUUCCAAGAAAAGGAAGGUUAGGUAAGAAGUAAUGCUAAUCACUUCUAGAGGAUUGUCUUCAGAGAAACCAUACUUCCUUGCUCUUCUAUGAAGGAGAUCAUGGUAAAAAAAAAAAAAAAAAGGAGGUCCAGAUCUGCUGUCCAUUGUGAGCUCCCUUAUCCGAGGAUCAUUCCUGCACCAAGUCCCAUAGGUAUCUGCAUAGACAAAUUUAUUAGAGAAUUGUAUUAGAGAAUUAGGGUCAGGAACUCAGGAAGGGGCAUAUUCUCUCUUGAUGCAAGUUGAGAGACCUACCCAUGGGAUUUCAGAUAAGCCUCAAAACUUCCUGGGUGUGUAACUAUGACCUCAUUAGGGAGAAAAUAACACAUCCUCAAGGCCAAGGUUUAGGGCUGUGGUAAAUCACUCAUGGUGUGUUCCUUUCCUUUAGACUUAUGUGAAUUAUGUGAAUUAUUAGAAUUAUGUGAAAGCUAAUGCAUUCAGAUAAGGGAAAAUAGAAGAAUAAUAGUUGGAAAUGAAGAAGUAAAACUAUUUCUAUUUGUAAAUGAUAUGAUGGUACAUUUGGAAAACCCUAUUCUAUAAGACUAACUUAAACAAAAUAUGUCAGUAUGGUAGCAGGGUAUUAGUAGCCUUGAUUUCACAAAUACAAUAAUUGGUUAGUGGAGGAAGAAACUUCUGUUAAGAACAGAAACAAAAAGAGAAAUACUUAGAAAUAAAAAUUUAACUAGAAAGGUUUAGAAGCCUUUAUGAGAAAACUUUAAACUCAAA